CGAACCGACCGUGUUGCAAACGCGUGGCAUUACGGUUUUUCUACCAAGUUGUACAUAUACAAAGUACAAACAACACAUACUCUGAUAUUACCCUCAAAUCACCCCGCUUGCUCAAUUACCCUCAAAUCACUAAAAAUGGACUUAAGACACUCAAUCUCCAACCAAACUGAUGUCUCUUUAACACUUGCAAGCCACAUCUUAACAAAAAACAAUGGCCCACAUGCCAACACUGUGUUUUCUCCACUUUCCAUUCAUGUUGUUCUUGGUUUGAUCACAGCCGGGUCAUCUGCACAGACCCUUGAACAGCUUUUGUCUUUUCUCAAGGCCAAGUCUAGUGAUGAUCUCAACUCUUUGUCUUCUCAGUUGAUUGAUCUUCUUUUUGCUGAUGGCUCUGGCUCUGGUGGGCCUUGUUUGAGUUUUGCUAAUGGGGUUUGGAUUGAUGAGUCUCUUUCUUUUAAGGAAUCUUUUAAACAGGUUGUGGAUGGUUUGUACAAGGCUGCUUCUGUUCAUGUUGAUUUUCAGACCAAGGCUAGUGAAGUUACCAAUUCAGUGAACUCGUGGGCAGAAAAGGAGACCAAUGGCCUCAUCAAAGAGAUUCUUCCUUCUGGAUCAGUUGACAGCUCAACUAGGCUUGUUUUUGCCAACGCCCUCUAUUUCAAAGGAGCGUGGACUGACAAAUUUGAUGCAUCCAUGACAAAAGAACAUGAGUUCCACCUCCUUGAUGGUAGCUCAGUUCAAGUCCCCUUCAUGACCAGCAAGAAGAAGCAAUUAAUCAGCGCUUUUGAUGGUUUUAAAGUUUUGGGGCUUCCUUAUAAAAAAGGUGGUGACAAACGCAAAUUCUCGAUGUACUUCUUUCUUCCAGAUGCAAAAGAUGGGUUGCCGAAAUUAGUGGAGGAAGUUGGUUCAGUAGCUGGAUUCCUCGAGCGCCACAUUCCAUAUAUGACAGUAGACGUUGGUGACUUCCGCAUUCCGAAAUUUAAUAUCUCAUUUGGCUUUGAAGCAUCGGAAGUGUUAAAGGAACUAGGGUUGGUCUUGCCCUUCUCUGGGGAUGGUCUUACGGAGAUGGUGGAUUCUCCUAUGGGUCAAAAGCUCCAUGUUUCAAGCAUAUUCCAUAAAUCCUUCAUCGAAGUUAAUGAAGAAGGCACAGAAGCUUCUGCUGCAUCGGCUGCUGUCAUAAAACCGAGGUCUUUGCAAAUGUAUGAUAAGCUCGACUUUGUUGCUAACCACCCAUUCCUCUUCCUUAUCAGGGAAGAUAUGACUGGAGUUGUGCAGUUGAUCGGGCAAAUCAAUAAUCCUCUUACUACCUAGCCAUGCCGCGGUGUAAGAGCUUUCUUUGAGUGUUGUAAUAAUAGUAUGUUUUAACUACUAACAUUAUAUUCAGCCCUUUCAAUGAACUAUGGAAUUUUUCGGAUUUC